AUGCCUGCGGACAUACGGAAGUUAGACGAGUACCGGCUCCCUGUCCUCAGAAUCAUCCCCAACCUUGGCGGGAAGUGCCCAUGGGAAGCUCCCAUAACCGUCGAGAUAAAUGUGCGACUUGCCGAGGGGCUUCCAACGGCGCCUAAACCGAGCCUGGGUUUUUCUCGAAAUGUGAGCGGUGCUCUUUUCCCAUUACGCCAGGGAGGCACCACCGUCAUCAAUUUUGGAAGGCAAGGAGAAGAGUAG